AUGGCAAAUGAAAUAGCUGAUUGUCAUUCGUCUCGUCAAAUUGGCAUCGAGAUACGGGUGGCUAAUGAAACUGGUCAUCCCUCAUUUACCGAUGAAUAUGAUCAUCGAUUAUCUAGUCGUAUUCUAGGAAAGCUAGUUGAUGUAACUUCAAAAUCGCAUAAUCGUUAUAUAUUUAAGGUACCUGAACAUCAACGUAAUGUGAAUGGUAAGGCCUAUGAACCGUAUAUAGUUGCAAUAGGUCCUUAUCACCGGGGUAAGAAACACUUAAUGGGGAUGGAAGAACACAAAAAACGGUAUCUGAAAGAGCUUCUCGAUCGAAAACCGGAAAAAGAUGUGAUAAGUUAUGUCAAAACCUUAAGAUCAUUGGAAAAAGAAGCUCGGGAUUGUUAUGAAGAUGAUUUUGCAAAUAUCACGACCGAUGAAUUUGUGGAAAUGAUGCUCCUUGAUGGUUGCUUCAUCGUUGAGCUACUUCGCAGGUGCGUGGGUCUGGUGACGGGACAGAGAGACGGUGCCAAUGACCCCGAAAGGGAAUCUCUUAUUUCUUUGGGUUGGAUGACCAAGAAAUUGGGCUGCGACUUGUUAUUAGUUGAAAAUCAACUCCCCUUCUUUGUUCUUCAAGAGUUGUUUAACAGGACGUCGGAAGAGCGAGAACAAGAGUAUAAUUUCCAGGAUAUGAUUUUGUAUUUCUUCGCUUUUUCUGUAUUGCCCAACGGAUGGCCAGUCUCUAAAAAAUCGGAUGAAAAUUCAACCGAAUUAAGCAAUCAUCUACUAAGCUUAUUGCAUGAUAACUGGCUUCUUUGCUGUUAUCCCGAGCGUGGGAUCAAACCUGACGUCAAUGAAAAAUAUUGGAGGUUUAGGCGUUGGGUCUAUGCAAAGAAUCGAAUGAAACCUUGUAUCAAUGAAAAUUGGUGGUUCAAACGUUGGUGCGAUGCAAUUUUUUGGAUGUUCAAACGUGGCAACAUUUAUUUGAAGCUCAUGCGUUGCUACAUUUAUUUGAAGUUCAUGCGUUGCUCUACAGAGCUUGAGGAGGCUGGAAUCAAGUUUGAGAGUGCUCUGGAUGAUAGGUUGUUUGAUAUAAAGUUUGAAAACGGAAUAAUGAAAAUCCCAAGAUUAGAAAUUACAGGAGAAACCGAAUCUAUCUUCCGAAAUCUCAUUGUUUAUGAGCAGUUCUCUCCAAAUGAAAAUUUUAAUGGCAGACCUGUGAUCAGUGAUUAUAUGAAAUUCAUGGAUUGCCUCAUUAAUUCCGAAAGGGAUGUAGAAUUACUUUGUCGGUGCAAUAUUCUUCAUAAUUGUUUAGGCGAUGAUGAAGUAGUUGCCAAAAUGUUCUAUAGUAUUGGUGAUUUCGUCAAGCUCUCCCGUGACAACUAUUACUUCAGUAUAUUCUUCGAUGUGAACAAGCAUUGUGCCCAACGUCGUCACAAAUGAUUUGCACACUUACGGCACAAAUAUUUUAACAGUCCAUGGGCAUACGUUUCCUUCUUCGCUGCUGUUUUAUUGCUGCUAUUUACCUUGGCUCAAACUGUGUAUUCUGUUCUCGCUUAUUAUAAAAAAUGAAUCAAAGCUCUGCUCUAAA